GAAGUCCCGCCGAGAUCCUCUAUUUUCCUCAAGUUGACUUGUCAUAUACUCACCUCAUCUUGACAACAACGUCCUUAACAACAGCUCGACUCGUCGACCGUCGUUAUUCGCUCUCUGGUAGAGCGGUCGGCAUCCAUCAUGUGCUCAGAUGCGGCAGACGACGACCAGCUGUCUGACGUUGGCUUUGACUGGACUGCUCUUCUGGAUGAUCUCGACGACCGAGUCCAGACAUCUCACCUUCCUACUCCUGCCCAAACCCCGAGUACUGGUCUUUCGAGAGACCAUACUUGUUUCGACUGGUUAGACUUGUGGGAUGAUAUUCGAGAUCCAAAGGCGCAAUCUACACCUUCAACAGUGGUGCCUCCUACACCAGAGAGCCUUCCCAAGCCCAUCCAGCUUCCAUCGACUCCAAAGACAUUUUUUUGUCUCGUAUCGCCGAGCUCCCCACUUCCGCUUGACGCGACCCUUCCUUCUCCCCAAUCCUAUGUUAUCCAAAGCCCCCUUUCGAACACAGACCGAAAACCUUACAUUCCUUCUCUCGACCGGAAAAGCAUAGUCAAACAAGCGCCUGUUCAAGAUGAUAAUCCUUUUCUUGUCUCCUCUCCUUGCCUCAGAAAGCCUGUCGUUCCCGCACCUCGCCAACGUCCAGUGCUAGCAGUACCAUACGACUGGUCGUUUGAUACACCCACUCCGGUUAGAUUCCAUCCUGCAACAGUCGAAGAGCUUCCACCCCAGCCCGUUUUUACCUCCACUGGACAGAAUAUCUUAUGGCUGACCCAUUUGUCCACCUCUGGAGGGCUCACACCUUCCUUGAAAAGGAUAUCGUUACCUUACUACCCUUAUCCAAAGGUGAAAGGUGUGAGCAUGUUCAUAAAUCAUCCAAAAAGGCGGGUGCAUGAGCAAAUCAGGGUGAAAGAGGAUGUCAAAAAUGGCCAGGACAUUUUUACGGCAACCAUGGAUUCGGUCAUGGACAAUGACUGGAGAAAAACUAGUAUGGUUCACGGAGUCUAUACGGUUAACUUGCUAAGUGAAGAUCAGGAAAUUCGUGAGAGAUCAAAAAGGAGCGUCAUGGAAGAGAUGCGGCAAGUAAAGGCUCUUGGAAUGUCUACUCUCGUCAUUCACUUGGGCUCAGCGGGGAAAGAUGAUCCGUCUUACAAGCACGUGCAAUUAACCCGACUAGUCUCUGAUCUCCGCGAGAUCACUCGCGCUGUCCAAGGCAUCACCCUCGCUCUCGAAAACACUGUACACCCAUCACCGCACUCUCUCACCACCCUCUCUUCGCUCUGUACAAUACUUACUCAUUUCCCGCCUUCACAACUCAAGCUUUGCCUGGAUCUAUCACAUCUUCACGUGAGCGAAUUUGACUUGAACUCUGAGAGCGGAAGGAAGGAGAUGUGGGAAUUGUUGGAGACAGCAGGGAAAGCAAGGGUGGUGGGCGUGCACGUCAGUGACAAUUAUGUGGCUCAUGGAGGUAAAGGCGAUCGGCAUGCCAAUAUUGGAUUCGGCCACAUAGCUCUCUCAUCAUUCCGCACGAUCCUAUCCAAUCCCUUCUUUCACAACAUACCUCACCUUCUAGAAACACCUCCUUACUUCAAACAUUUCCGCCCGCCUAAUACCAUUCAUUGUAAACCACCUACAUACGCUCAGAAGAUCAUCGAACUGGAGAGUGAAAGGGCAAGUCUCGAGCGAUUACUGCUGGACAGGAUUGUGAGCAUGUCCGAUCCCGAGUGGAUGACUUACCAGUCCAAAUUGUGGGCGAUGUAUAAAAAGGCGAGAAAGGUGGUGGAAGCGAGAAUGUACAAGGUGUUGUUUAAACAAGGAGGGAGUUUAUGGAGAAAGUUUAGAAAAGAGAGAAAAAAGGUUGGAAGUCGCCUACGACAGGCAGAGGGUCAGAAGCGCAAAGCGAAGAACAUGUUUGUAAAGGAUGAGAGAGUGACAAUAACCCGGUGUUGCGAGCUGUGAACGAGAUGUAGACUUUUGACAUUAGUUGUAUGCAUAGCUGGAUGGUU